UCUUUACGGUCUCUUUGUAGUCUUUGUCUGUUUAUAGUCAUUCUUAUUUCUCUCUGGUGGUUUUGAGUCACAUUUUGUUAUUUUUGUGGUUGUUAUGAGUCUCUUUGUGACUCUUUGCAGCUCAUGUGCAUCGCCACGGGUGGUUUUGGUCUCUGGUAAUAUUAGUCUCAUUGAGCACUACUCUGGGUUAUCUUUCCUCGUGGUUUCUAGUCUUUUUGUUGAUCCUGCAGCUGUGGUGCAUCUCGUUGAGUCUUUACGGUUUCUUUGUUGUCUUACUUUGUCUGUUUAUAGUUAUUAUUUAUCUGGUCCUUUUCGCCCCUUCUCCUAUAGUUGUUAUGAGUCUCUUUGUGACUUUUUGCAGCUGUUGUCCAUCACCAUGGGUGGUCCUGGUCUCUUCUUAGUGAUAUGUUGUCUCUUUGUGGUCAUUUUGUGUCUCAUAGUGCUCUUUUCUUUGGUUGUUUUGCCCCUUUUCCUAGUCGUUGUGAGUCUGUUAAAGUGACAUUUUGCAGAGGAAGGCCAGUGAGUCUCUUUGGUGCUCGUUCAUUAAUGCGAAGUGGUCUCUUUUUAAAGUCUUAACUAGCCAAGAAUCAGAGGCAGAAACUUGGGGAAAUGUUUGAAACAGGCAGCUGCAGUGAGGGUUUGUGCACCAGCAGAGGGAGACGAGGAAGUGGAGCCUCCGGUUUAACGCUUGGUUGAGGUCUCGACCCACUUUCUCCUUUCUCUGUGGAACAGACAGCAGGUGAAGGCAGCUGCAGAGGUACUAACACACACACAGUAGGCAGACAGGAGGUGAACCUAUUGGAUUUCUGCUGUUUGGCUCCCGCUCUCCUCCUCACACCUCCCUGGAUUUACACUUUUUCCUUCAGUUUUUUGAGUUGGAGGGACAUUCUCCUGACCGGCGACUGCUGUAAUGAGAUCCUCUGUCCUGGGAUCAGUGUGUGUUCUGCUGUUGCUGCUCAGGGAGCAUGCAUGCCAGGGUGAUGAGGUUACUUCCAACAUAGUCAACCCGUGCUGUUAUUUCCCCUGUCAGCACUGGGGUGUGUGUGUGCGGUUUGGCGAGGACAAGUAUGAGUGUGACUGCACAUUCACCGGAUACUACGGAGUAAACUGCACCGUCCCCGAGUUUUGGACCAGAGUUCAUCAGUUCCUCAAACCCAGUCCAGAUGCGCUGCAUUACAUCCUCACACACUUCCAGUGGCUGUGGGACGUCAUCAACUCCACCUUCCUGAGGGACGUGCUCAUGCGGGUCGUCCUCACAGUGAGGUCCAACCUGAUCCCCAGCCCCCCCACAUACAACUCUAAAUAUGGCUACCUCAGCUGGGAGUCCUACUACAAUUUGAGCUACUACACCCGGAUACUUCCUCCAGUGCCAGAGGACUGCCCCACACCUCUGGGGGUGAAAGGCAAGGCUGAGCUCCCUGACCCUGAGCUGCUGGUGGAGCGGCUGCUGAGGAGGCGGACGUUCAGGCCCGACCCGCAGGGAUCCAACCUCAUGUUCGCCUUCUUCGCUCAGCACUUCACACACCAGUUCUUCAAGACCUACAACCGCAUGGGCCUGGGCUUCACCAAGGCUCUAGCUCACGGGGUGGACGCCGGUCACGUUUACGGAGACAACCUCCAGCGUCAGCUGAGGCUCCGGCUGCACAGGGACGGAAAACUCAAGUAUCAGUUAGUUGACGGCGAGAUGUUCCCCCCCACGGUGGCGGAUGCCCCCGUCAAGAUGAGCUACCCCCCCGGGACGCCCCGUAAUGCUCAGAUGGCGAUCGGACAGGAAGUGUUCGGGCUGCUUCCUGGUCUGGGGAUGUUCGCGACGCUGUGGCUGAGGGAGCACAACCGGGUGUGUGACGUCCUGAAGACAGAGCAUCCCACCUGGGGGGACGAGCAGCUGUUCCAGACCGCUCGCCUCAUCAUCAUCGGUGAGACGAUCCGGAUCGUGAUCGAGGAGUACGUGCAGCACCUCAGCGGAUACCUGCUGCAGCUCAAGUUCGACCCGACCCUGCUGUACAAAUCCAACUUCCAGUACGGGAACCGCAUCUCCCUGGAGUUCACGCAGCUCUACCACUGGCACCCCCUCAUGCCCGACAGCUUCCUGAUCAGCGGAGACCAGGUGACCUACCCGCAGUUCCUCUUCAACACCUCCGUGCUCACACACUACGGCAUCGAGAAGCUGGUGGACGCCUUCUCCCGACAGGUCGCCGGCCAGAUCGGCGGGGGCCACAACAUCAACCCUGUGGUGACUAAAGUGGCCGUGGGGACGAUAAAGGAGUCGCGCCAGCUCCGCAUGCAGUCCUUCAACGAGUACAGGAAGCGCUUUAACCUGAGGCCGUACACUUCCUUCAGAGAGUUCGCAGCUAACGAGGAGAUAGCCCGCGAGCUCGAAGAAUUUUACGGAGACAUCGACGCUCUGGAGUUUUACCCCGGCCUGAUGCUGGAGCGAACACGACCGGGGUCCAUCUUUGGAGAGAGCAUGGUGGAGAUGGGGGCCCCCUUCUCCCUGAAAGGCCUGCUGGGAAACCCCAUAUGUUCUCCAAACUACUGGAAGCCCAGCACCUUCGGGGGCCAUGUGGGCUUUGACAUAGUGAACUCUGCCACGCUGAAGAAGCUGGUGUGUCUGAACACCCGGACGUGUCCGUACGUGGCAUUCAGGAUACCGACAGAGGAGGCGUCCCAUGAAGGGGGCAGUAAAGCACGGACUGACGAGCUAUGACUCCGAGCCUGAAGGUCUUUGUUUCAGAUCCACUUAUUUAAAAGAGGCUGCUGCUGACAGAUCUUAAAUGUAGCUCUGAUUUAGAAUAUUUUCACCACUUUUCAAGCCCGUCAGACAGCCUGUGGCGGCUCACUUCACAACCAAUUAAGCUGCUCCUUAUUUAAGAUUUUCAAUGAUAAAAUAAACAAACAAUAAAGGACCACACGGUCGAGAGAGAACGUGGGGACCUCGCUCACCCUGUUUGUCUUUCCACAAACGCUGACA